AGGUAUAAAUACAGUUCGUGAUAUUCAGGUGCCACAGUAUUUUGUAAUAUUUUUGUCGCGAUGAAACCCCUAAUACCAGCUAUCUUUUUGGUUUUCGCUCUAUCAAAUACCAUAUCAACGGUGUUUGCUAAUCAUACAAUGUUCCGAGAAAAACUGAUUGACGAAUUGAACGCCGUAAAUGCUGGAAAGGUCAAACUCGAUACUAUAAUUCAAACGGAAAUUAAUGAAAAUCCUGGAAACAACCUCUUGGAAUCUAUUCAACGGGAUUUCAAUAAACAUUUUCAUCCUGUAGUGAAUGAGCUAAUGGAUUUGCACCAACUGUACACCUUAUGUUGCGAAGCUUUUGACAACAUUUAUGUAGAAGAUUUACAAAAAGUGACCAACAAGAAUGAUAAAAAACUACUAAAGAGCUUCAAAAACGUAGUCAAACAAGGGGAAGGUAAAGUUCUGAUGAAUUUCAUGAUUAAAUAUUAUCUCAAGCAUGUGCAGACGAAGCUGAACGAACUAGUCAAGAAAACCAGCAUUUUGCACGCAAUGCUAAGUGCAGCGAAACAGAAUAGAAUCACUGACGCGCUGAAGAAAACCUGGAAAAAUGCCAAGAAUGAAGCUGAUGACAUUCAUCGUAACCUUGUAAAGAAUACACCGAAAAAGAAAUGCGAAGAAAUAUUAAGUGAGUUUUUAGAUGGACUGGAAAUAUUUGACGAUGACGAUGAUGACGAUGAUGACGAUGAUGAAUAACAUAAAAUGAGAAAUAAAUUAAAAUUAUAAUUUUUAAAAUAAUUA